GAAAGAAUGGCAUCAAGUGGAAUGAAGGCACCAUCAGAGAGAAUGAAGCUGGUGCUAGGAUUGUUGAUACUUCAGCUAUGCUUCUCAGGGUUCCACAUUGUUUCAAGGGUUGCACUCAACAUUGGAGUCAGCCAAGUGGUUUACCCUGUCUACAGAAACACCAUAGCUCUCCUUCUCUUGGCCCCUUUCGCCUAUUUCCUGGAGAAGAAUGAAAGACCACCACUUACAUUUGCGUUGCUGUUUCAGUUCUUCCUUCUAGCAUUGAUAGGCAGGAUAACAGCCAACCAAGGGUUUUAUCUACUUGGGUUGUACUAUGCAUCUCCAACAUUUGCAUCCGCAAUGCAGAACUCAGUUCCUGCAAUUACUUUCCUCAUGGCUUCUGCUCUUGGAGUGGAGCAAGUGAAUUUGAGAAGGAGAGAUGGGUUGGCAAAAGUGGCAGGCACAAUUGCAUGCAUAGGAGGUGCCACCAUAAUCACCCUCUACAAAGGCCCUCCUCUACUCCACCAUGGGGGAAACAUGCUCACAAUGGAGGAACAUCAACAAACUGACAUUGCAUCAGAUAGUAAGAAAACGCAGAACUGGACUUGGGGUUGCAUCUACCUCCUUGGCCACUGCCUCUCUUGGGCUGGCUGGAUGGUCUUCCAGGCUCCAGUGCUGAAGAAGUACCCAGCCAAGCUGACCAUGACAUCAUUCACAUGCUUCUUUGGGUUGAUCCAGUUCUUGGUCAUUGCUUCAUUCCUUGAAACUGACUUGAACAACUGGAAGCUGCAGUCACUAGAAGAGCUCUUCACCAUCUUAUAUGCUGGAAUUGUGGCAUCUGGGAUAGUAAUCUCUCUGCAGACAUGGUGCAUUCAGAAGGGAGGUCCAGUGUUUGUUGCAGUCUUCCAGCCAUUGCAGACCGUUCUAGUUGCCAUUAUGGCCGCUUUGAUCCUCGGAGAUCAACUCUACUCAGGAGGGAUGGUUGGAGCAGUGCUGAUAAUGAUUGGUCUCUACUGUGUCCUUUGGGGUAAGAAUGAAGAGAGAAGAAUGACAAUAUUGUCAACUGAAAAUGUGGCAGACAAUUUGAAGGUGGAAGAUGACAGUUUGACUACCACCCUUCUCCUCCAUCACCAUGAUCAUCGUCGAAUUAUUGCAGACACUGACUUGCCAUGA